AUGUUUCACCUCCACAAUAUCCUUACGGUAUCCAUGCUUGGACCACGAGUGAAGGUCAUGUUUCUCUCAAAAACUUAUUCUUCCAGAUAUUUAAGGCCUUCAUCUGCCAGAGGCUGGCUUAAUGAUUGGGAUCGAACGCCGAGGAUAACAAUUGACAGAUUCAAAUCACUUUCUAAUGCUGGGGAUGGACAUGAGAGAAUGGGACCAGAGGUUAUAAUGAUGGUGGAUCGCUCUUCUCAUGGCUCCAGGAAUUUGUUUGAUCACUAUAGGGAGAUGAGGCUUGACAUUGACAACAUGAGUUAUGAGGAACUACUUGCUCUAGGAGAAAGGAUAGGGAAUGUGAGUACUGGCUUGUCCGAGAAUGUGAUUUCGAGGUGUUUAAUGGGGAAAACAUAUUCUUCUUCAAAAAUUAUCCUGGAGGAGGAACGCUGUGCUAUCUGCCUUGAAGAGUACAAGAACGAGGAGGAAGUUGGGACAGUAAAGAAUUGUGGCCAUGACUACCAUGUGGGCUGCAUCAAGAAAUGGUUAUUGAAGAAAUAUUCAUGGCCCAUAUGUAAAGUUCCUGCUCUAUCAGAUACUUUGGAGAAGCAAUAUUAGCAGU